UUUCAUUUUCCUUCUUCUUCUACUGCUUCGUGCUUCCCUCUUCUCUUUCUCUCUCUUCUUUCUUCUACUACUACUAGAUCUCUCAACUCUUAACCCCUCUUCUUUCUCUCUCUACUUCUACUAGAUCUCUUAACUCCCUUCUUCGUCUCUCUCUCUACUCAUAUGCGAUCUCUCUCUUUGCUGCUGUAGCUUCACAAAAACUAUAUUAAUUAAUAAAGAUGGAGGUCUAGAUAGUCAUAUCAUGCGCUGUAAAGUUGGGUGAUUGGAACCUGUUGAAUUCUGGCCUGCAUUUCCUUCUCUUUAUUAGUUGACUUCUGUCAAAGACAUGAAUAACUUGACUGUUGAGACCUUAGAUACAUUUUCAAGCCUGCUUGAAGUUUCUGCAAAUAAUGAUGUGGAAGCAUUUAAACGGUUGAUUGAAGAUGAUCCGGCUGGAAUUGAUGAGCCUGGGUUGUGGUAUGUCCGGAAAAAAGGCUCGAAACAGAUGGUCUAUGAGCAUAGAACUCCUUUGAUGGUUGCUUCAAUUUACGGCAGUAUGGAUGUUCUGAAAUUGAUUAUUUCUCUCUCCGUUACUGAUGUUAACCGGUCAUGUGGUGAGGAUAAAAGCACUGCACUACACUGUGCUGCAUCUGGUGGUUCUGUGAAUGCUGUUGAUGUUGUGAGGUUGCUUCUGGAGGCAGGUGCUGAUCAUAAUGCACUAGAUGCCAAUGGAAAUCGACCUUUUGAUGUUAUUAUGGUCUCACCGAGGCAAAAUGAUGUCAAAAGUGCUCUUGAAGAACUCCUAGCUGGUCAUGGCUCUAUUAGUGAGCGCAUUUUGAGGCUGCCAAGCGCCACUUCUAAUUCAAACUCACCACCACUCUCAUCUUCACCAGUAAACGGAUCUCCGUCAUCUUAUUCAGACUCACCACCUUCACCAAUUAACUCAAAGUUUGAUGAUAUCCAAGCUACAUCUUACGCAGCUGAGAAGAAAGAAUACCCCAUUGAUCCAUCCAUACCUGAUAUUAAGAACAGCAUUUAUGCAACUGAUGAAUUCCGUAUGUACUCCUUCAAGAUCCGUCCUUGUUCUCGUGCCUAUUCUCAUGAUUGGACAGAAUGCCCUUUUGUUCAUCCUGGUGAAAAUGCUAGGAGGAGAGAUCCGCGGAAGUACCAUUACAGCUGUGUUCCUUGUCCUGAUUUUCGAAAAGGAGCUUGUAGAAGGGGGGAUAUGUGUGAAUAUGCUCAUGGGGUUUUUGAGUGUUGGCUCCAUCCAGCUCAAUAUAGAACACGUCUCUGCAAGGAUGGCCCAAGUUGCGCUAGAAGAGUUUGUUUCUUUGCUCAUAUACCUGAAGAACUGAGACCUCUUUAUGUGUCUACUGGUUCUGCUGUUCCCUCACCCCGCUCAAGCGCUUCUAGUUCUAUGGAUUUUGCUGCUGCUAUGAACUUUAUGCCAGGAUCUCCCUCAUCUCUUAUGUCUCCUUCUGCUUUCACUCCAUCAAUGUCACCUUCAGCUGCUAAUGGAAUUUCUCAUUCUUCCUUGGCUUGGCCACAGCCAAAUGUUCCGUCUUUGCGUCUUCCAGGCAGCAAUCUUCAGUCCAGUAGGUUAAGGUCAUCUCUUAAUGCAAGAGAUAUUGCAGCUGAAGAGUUUGAUAAUAUGCUGCAAGAUUAUGACUUGCAACAACAGCAACAGCUCCUGAGUGAAUUUUCUUGCCUUUCUAUGACCCCUAAUUCUUUAAACCGCUCUAACCGCUCAAAAACUCUGAACCCUUCUAACCUGGAUGAUCUUUUUUCUGCUGAGAGCUUGUCUCCGCGGUACAAUGAUCAAGGACUGGGUUCAUGUCUUUACUCGCCUACUCAUAAAUCUGCUGUUUUCAACCAGUUUCAACAGCAGCAGCAAAGCAUGCUCUCUCCAAUCAAUACAAAUUUCUCCCCUAAGGGUGUUGCUGACCAUCCAUUAUUGUCAGGAAGAAUGUCUCCUCGAAGUGUGGAACCCAUCUCCCCAAUGAGUGCUCGGGCUUCUAUGCUUGCUCAACGGGAGCAACAGCUUCAUCAGUUCCGCAGUCUUAGCUCUCGGGAUCUUGGAACCAGCUUGGGUGCCAUUGUGGGCUCUCCUGUUCAUUCUUGGUCAAGAUGGGGUUCCUCCAACGGUAAGCCAGACUGGGGUACAAACACAGAGGAAUUGGGUAAACUCAGGAGAUCUUCUUCCUUUGAGCUUGGCAACAAUGGUGAAGAGCCUGAUCUUUCUUGGGUUCAGUCACUUGUCAAAGAAUCACCUACUGACAUUAAAGAGAAGGUUGGAGGUUCCGUUUCAUCAGUGGUUGACAGUUCUUAUUCGAAUGCACAAGCUGAAGUAGUGGAUAUGGCAGAAAGAUAUUAAUUAAUGAAUAAUAUUACUUGUCCUUUGCUUUCUGGAUUUUGAUUGGUAGCAACGAGGCAAGAUAUAGGUAGCAGAAAGAAUGGAGCAAGGUAAGCAGAUAGAAGUAUGCUAUUUUUUUUUUCCUAUUUUGUUAGUUGAAUGAUAUUCAUUCUGACUAUUCUUGCUAAUGUAGUUAGAAAGGGUAAAAUCUUGUUGCACCAUGUUUCUUAUGAACCAGGGUGCUUCUCGGCCAUUAUUUUGAAAGGCUUGGCCUUGGCCUAGUCGAUUUUGCUUUGUAUGCUUAGCAAUAUGUUUCAUUAAAGAAACUAUAUAUCUCAUGUAUCUUCCAUCUCUUUUCCAUUGAAUUCAUUGCCUCAUUCUGUAAACCAUUAACAUGGUGCUAUUUUUGUACAUCUUCAUUGCAAUUGAUUUCUUUCC